CUUUGUCGGAUUCUGCAGUCUCGUUGGAUUUUAGUCUCAUCAUGCUAAAUCUCAAAUUUCUCAUCUCCUGCGUGAUCAUCGUGAUCUUUGCGAUCGUCUACUCGGACGCCGGCGACGGAAUGGACUUUAAAGGCCAAAUUAGUUGUGGAGCGAAGUGCAAUGAGCCAUCGUUUGCCCAUCACUACUACUGUUGCGGUGAUGGCUUCAACGAGUGCUGUAUUGGGCUUGAAAUUUGGGUGAUCAUUUUGAUGGCGGUUCUCACAAUCAUAUCGAUCAUCUAGUGUAUCAUUGGAUGCAUGUGCUAUUGCUGCAGAAAGUAGUUGGGGGUACAUCGAACUACUUGGAAUUUUUGUAAAGAAUAUAAUAAAGUGAUUAAAGAU